CGUUCCCGGGAGCCGAACCUGCAGGCCCCGGCGUUAGUGGAGUUGGAGCAGUUACCGCCCUACGGGCUGCAGCAGCUUCUACUCGUUUUCCCGCGCCUCGCAGGGCUUCUCCCAGUGGCGCUGCGGGUUCGGAGGGUCGGCCGGCAAGCACAGCAAAGUCAACAUCGAGGCAGCUGAGCUCCCAGAGGAAUGUCAAUCUGCCUGUCUUGAGGACUUGUCAAUGGCCUGUUUCUUAAAAGACAGAAGAAUGGAGGAAUCAGUGAACCAAAUGCAACCACUGAAUGAGAAGCAGAUAACCAAUUCUGAAGAUGGAUAUGUAUGGCAAGUCACUGAUAUGAAUCGACUACACCGGUUCUUAUGUUUUGGUUCUGAAGGUGGGACUUAUUAUAUCAAAGAACAAAAGUUGGGCCUUGAAAAUGCUGAAGCUUUAAUUAGAUUGAUUGAAGACGGCAGAGGAUGUGAAGUGAUACAGGAAAUAAAGUCAUUUAGUCAAGAAGGCAGAACGGCAAAGCAAGAGCCUAUGCUCUUCGCACUUGCCAUUUGUUCCCAGUGUUCCGACAUAAGCACAAAACAAGCGGCAUUCAAAGCUGUUUCUGAAGUUUGUCGCAUUCCUACACAUCUGUUUACUUUUAUCCAGUUUAAGAAAGAUCUAAAGGAAAGCAUGAAAUGUGGCAUGUGGGGUCGUGCCCUCCGGAAGGCUAUAGCAGACUGGUACAAUGAAAAGGGGGGCAUGGCCCUUGCUCUGGCAGUUACAAAGUAUAAACAAAGAAAUGGCUGGUCUCACAAAGAUCUAUUAAGAUUGUCACAUCUUAAACCUUCCAAUGAAGGACUUGCUAUUGUAACCAAAUAUAUUACAAAGGGCUGGAAAGAAGUCCAUGAAUUGUAUAAAGAAAAAGCACUUUCUGUGGAGACUGAAAAAUUAUUAAAGUAUCUGGAGGCUGUAGAGAAAGUGAAACGCACAAAAGAUGAACUGGAAGUCAUUCAUCUAAUAGAAGAGCAUCGAUUAGUUAGGGAACAUCUUCUAACAAAUCAUUUAAAGUCUAAAGAGGUAUGGAAGGCUUUGUUACAAGAAAUGCCUCUUACUGCAUUACUAAGGAAUCUAGGAAAGAUGACUGCUAAUUCAGUGCUUGAACCAGGAAAUUCAGAAGUAUCUUUAGUAUGUGAAAAACUGUGUAAUGAAAAGUUGUUAAAAAAGGCUCGCAUACAUCCAUUUCAUGUUUUAAUUGCAUCAGAAACUUAUAAAACAGGUCAUGGGCUCAGAGGAAAACUGAAGUGGCUCCCUGAUGAAGAAAUUUUAAAAGCUCUGGAUACUGCUUUUUAUAAAACAUUUAAGACAGUGGAGCCUACUGGAAAGCGUUUCUUGCUGGCUGUCGACGUCAGUGCAUCGAUGAACCAAAGAGUUUUGGGCAGUGUGCUCAACGCUAGCACAGUUGCAGCAGCAAUGUGUAUGGUUGUCACACGAACAGAAAAAGAUUCUUAUGUAGUUGCUUUUUCAGAUGAAAUGGUACCUUGUCCAGUGACUACAGAUAUGACAUUACAACAGGUUUUAAUGGCUAUGAAUCAGAUCCCAGCAGGUGGAACUGAUUGCUCUCUUCCGAUGAUCUGGGCUCAAAUGACAAACACAGCUGCUGAUGUCUUCAUUGUCUUCACUGAUAAUGAGACCUUUGCUGGAAGUGUCCAUCCUGCUGUUGCUCUGAGGGAGUAUCGAAAGAAAAUGGACAUUCCAGCUAAAUUGAUUGUUUGUGGAAUGACAUCAAAUGGUUUUACCAUUGCAGACCCAGAUGAUAGAGGCAUGUUGGAUAUGUGUGGCUUUGAUACUGGAGCUCUGGAUGUAAUUCGAAAUUUCACAUUAGAUGUGAUUUAACCAUAAGCACCAGCAUGAUCUAAGAGGUCCAUUGCCAUCAGUGAUCUCGCUAAAAAUAUGUAGCUACUUCCCAACUGAUCUUACUUAAUCCAGUGAUGAUAAGAUGAUAGUAUAGGAUGUGCGUAUGUUACCAAAAAACAAAAACAAAAAGGAAGGAAAAAUAAGAUGAGCCCAAAGUUCUGUCUACUAAACUAGCUCUUGGGAAAUAGCUUCAGCAUACACUG